GCUGACGGUACAUGAUGAAACAACAUGCUACUUAACCCAGUCGUGUAAAACUUAUCUUGUUUAUGUAAGAAAAGUUAUAUUUUAUCAGUACUUUUCCUCGUGUAUUUCUUCCCCGCACUCUCAAUUCAGACCUCGGUUCAUCGGAAACUUUGUAAAGAUGCCUGUCCUGUGCAGCAGCUGUACUGAGAAACGAGCUGUGCUGAAACGUCCAAAGACGGGCCACUCGUUGUGUAAGGGGUGCUUCUUCUGGGCCUUCGAGGAGGAGGUACAUCAGACGAUCGUGGCAGCAAAGCUCUUCAAACCUGGGGAAAUAGUGGGAAUCGCUGCCUCAGGAGGGAAGGACUCUACAGUGCUUGCACAUGUAAUGAAGCUCCUAAAUGAGCGAUACAAUUAUGGCCUUGAACUUAUGCUUCUCUCAGUGGAUGAGGGAAUCACUGGUUACCGAGACGACUCGUUGGAGACCGUAAAGAGGAAUCAGCAACAGUAUGAGCUGCCACUGAAGAUUGUGUCUUAUGAGGAGCUGUAUGGCUGGACUAUGGAUGCUAUAGUGAAGCAGGUGGGACUGAAAAAUAACUGCACCUUCUGUGGAGUGUUCAGACGGCAGGCAUUAGACAGAGGAGCCAUCAUGCUGAAAGUGGACAAGAUAUGUACAGGUCACAAUGCUGACGACGUGGCAGAAACGGUUUUGAUGAAUGUCUUGCGAGGUGACAUAGCUCGACUGCGUCGCUGCACUGCCAUCUCCACAGCCAGCGAGGGCGAAGGGGUCGUGCCGCGCUGCAAGCCCCUUAAAUAUGCGUAUGAAAAAGAAAUUGUUCUGUACGCUUACUUUAAGAAGUUGGACUACUUUUCCACAGAGUGUAUCUACUCUCCCAAUGCUUAUCGUGGCUAUGCAAGGACCUUUUUAAAGGACCUGGAGAGCGUAAGGCCCAGCUCCAUCAUUGAUAUCAUUCACUCCGGUGAGAACCUGUCUGUGCGGGAGGGGGUGAAGAUGCCUGUGCAGGGGACCUGUAAUCGCUGCGGCUACAUCUCCAGCCAAGCACUGUGCAAGUCCUGUGUGCUGCUAGAGGGGCUGAACCGAGGUCUGCCGAAACUGGGUAUAGGCAAACACCACCGUCUGCAUGACAAAAUCCUCUCCCAGCAGCCCCUUACCGAGAAGGAGGAGAGGAAGCUGAAAUCAGUAGACUUUUGACAGUUAUUAUCACCUGUUUAUUUACUAUAGGACUGAAGAUGUAUAAUUCAAUUUUAGAAUAAACCACUUUUGUUGUGUUUUAUAUGGGAAAAGACUAGUCUAAGAAACCAAAUCUCUUAUUUGUUUUCAUUCAUCAUUAAUAGAAUAUUCAUUAAGUUCAUAUGUUUGUUACAUUAAAUUUUUAGUAAAAUUGAGAAAACCUCUUACACUAGUGCUGUGUCUUUACACCAGAAUGUCCAUUCACUGCUGUUUUACAGCUGCUGACCUGGAUCACUGAGAUACUAUGUGGACACAGAAAUUUGUGUUUACCUUAGGGUACUAUUCAAUAAUAGCUGAAUGGUACAUGUAUCCAGUGGUUUUUGUAGUAAUUUGCCAUCUGUACAACACACAUAGGAGAUGGGAAAAAGUGGAACAUUUUCUGCUUAUGUUAAUGCUUUGGUAUGAAAUUAAGUAUUUUUCUGUUUUCAGUUAAUUAUUAAACUUUGUGAUUCCGCAUCAUUUGGAUUUUUAAAUACUAAAUAUCUACACACACCUAACAAGUGUAGUCCUGUGUUAUGUGAAGUGCAGAGACAAGGACUUGCAACAUUUUUUUCAUUUUCUAGUUAAAUUUUACUGGAAUCUCACACAGACAGCAUGUUUUAUUUCUUUAUUUUAUGCUACCUCUUAUGUCCCACUGCACCAAUCUCUGGGGAGGAUAUGAUUACAUUCAUGGUCACAUUCCAAGGUGUUUUAUGAACUGAUUUAAUAAAUGCGUUAUCCCAUG